AUGUCUCUGACCCAGUACGAGAUCGAGGUGGUGACCGGUCUUGAAAGAGCUGGAUCUGCAUUGUCACUCAUUGCCGUGACAUUGAUCUUCAUCACAUACUGGAAGUUCAAGCGCAUUCGAAGCGUGCCAAACCUAUUCAUUGUCUUCGCUUCAAUCGCCAAUAUCGGCGCUUGCGUAGCCUGUGCCAUCGGCUAUGAAGGACUCCGUAUGGGCGAGACCUCCGCUUUAUGUCAGGCUCAAGCCUUCUUACUUGAAAUGUUCAUGCAAUCCGAUCCUUGGUGGUCUUUCGCCAUGGCCGUCAACGUUUACCUCGUCUUCUUCGCCAGCGCCAGUCCCGCCUCCUUUCGUCGUUAUCUUUGGGUCUACUGCGUUGUCUGCUUUGGCUUCCCUCUGAUGCCUGCUCUUAUCUGCCUCUUCCUCCGCCCCGACGGCCCCGACGACUAUAUUUACGGCAAUGCGACAUUGUGGUGCUGGAUAAACACGAAAUGGGGCGACCUUCGUAUUUUCACCUAUUACAUACCCAUUUGGUUUUGCGUUCUCGGGUCCUGUGUCAUUUACUUCGCCGUCGGCUAUCACGUUUUCCAUCAUCGUAACCAGCUUCACAAUCUCACAUUCAGCAACACCAGACGAGACGGCAAGGACGUAACCUGCUCAGACGAGCGUGAAUCUGCUGAAAAGGUAUCUUACCUGUCGCACGCAGGCACUCGAGAUGACCGUCCCCUCGUUGACACCCGUCAGAACCUUACAGGUCGUACCGAGUUUUAUGGCACUGCGGUAACGGAGGUGCAGAUCACCACCAUGACCCCGAGACCUUGGACACCCCAGUUGCCGCCCGCAGCCAUCACCAAGGGAGCGGGUGAAGAGCAACCUCGACACCAGCGAUCAUGGCGUACGAGCGAAGAAGGCGGUUCGCCGAGUCCACGCUUCGAGACCACUUGUACAUCCGAACCACCUCCACCGAAGCCCCGGCGUCAUAUCUUCCAACGGAUCGGGGCUGUCGGGACCAAGUUUUCCAACAGGCUGCAGCGCCUGGAUCCCGUAAAACUUGCAUAUCUUCGAACCAGUUUCAUCUUCGCCAUUUCCGUGCUGGUGACCUGGACACCAAGCUCAAUAAAUCGAGUAUACAACAUGAUCAACCGCGACGAGUCUCACUUUGGCCUGAACGUCGCCAGCGCCACGGUUCUGCCACUGCAAGGGGUCUGGAACGCCGUCAUUUUCUUCAUGACCAGCUGGAAGGUUUUCAAAGAAGAGUGGAAAGACAUGCGCGGUCGCCAUCAGAUUCGACUGGGCAGCUGCGACGAAGAGGGCCUACACGGGAGUGACAGGAUCGAGGUGCUUCGAGGCGACCAGCAGGACCGCUUCAGGGGUGGCUGUUAUAGGCACACAAAAGCACUCGGCAGCGACCAGACGAGUGAGCUUGAGCUGACCACUCCCUCGGGCGGCGGCGGUCAUGUUCGGGCAAUGCAAGGAACGUUUGAUAUCUGA